AUGAGCACAUGUAAUGCUUCUUGUGAGAUUGAGGUGUCAGAUGAUGAUGAGGAUUUCAUAGUUGCAUAUAUGGCAUUGGAAUUAAUGGGCUCACGUAAUGGUGCACGGAAGAAGGUGGUGGAUCCCAAUAUACCAAGGAUGACUGGGAUCCAAUGGGUUGAACUCACUUUAAAUGACCGAGUUGAGUGCUACAACAUGUUCAGAAUGACAAGGUCAGUGUUCUAUCGUCUCCAUGAUACAUUGGUUCAGAAUUAUGGCUUGACUCCAAGUAGAGGUAUCUGUACCAAGGAAGCUUUAGCCAUGUUUUUGUGGGCAUGUGGUCCACCUGAAUCAUUGAGACAACUCAAGAAUAGAUUUGGACAUUCAUUAGAAACUGUCAGUAGAAAGUUCAGUGAGGUGCUUUACUGCAUUUGUAGAUUGGCAGUUCACAUCAUAAGACCUAAAGAUCCACAAUUUCGUACAAUUCAUCGAAAACUACAAGAAGCUAGGUUCUGGCCUCAUUUCAAUGAUUGCAUAGGCGCCAUCGAUGGAACACAUAUACCUGUUACCGUGCCAAAAAGUGAGCUACCAAAAUACGUUGGCCGACAUCAUUAUUCUUCACAAAAUGUCAUGGCGGUUUGUGACUUUGAUAUGCGGUUCACAUUUGUUGUUACUGGUUGGCCUGGAUCUGCUCAUGACACUCGGGUAUUUUUGGAUACUUUAGUCACCUACAAGGAAAGCUUUCCACAUCCACCUCAAGGCAAGUAUUAUCUUGUUGAUUCCGGGUAUCCUAACAGAAAAAGAUAUCUAGCACCAUACAAAGGUCAAAGGUAUCAUGUGCCUGAAUGGCAACAUGGUCACCACCCAGUGGAAUUGAAGGAGGUGUUCAACUAUCAUCAUGCAUCCCUUAGAAAUGUGAUUGAGCGCUCAUUUGGAGUUCUCAAGAUGAAGUGGCGCAUUCUCUUGAAAGUACCUAGCUUUCCGGUUAAUAAGCAGUCUCAGAUCAUAGUUGCUUGUAUGGCUCUUCAUAACUUCAUUAGAGAAACUGACAUAAAUGAUGAACAUUUCAUAACCUAUGUGGAUGACAUUCGUGACGAAUACCCUUCAGAAGAUGAUAGCCUAAUGGGGGAUGAUAUAGAUACGUGUGCCUUCCGUGAUGUACUUGCUUCGGCUUUGGUUGGUUGA